AUGGCAAAAGAGACAUCCAAGCUAGCAAGCUAUAAGCGCAUUAUCCUCUGCGCAGACGGCACAUGGCUUGCGUCCGACAUGGGCGACAAGUCCUCUCCUUCCAACGUCGCUAAGUUAGCUCGAGCUGUUGCAAACAGUGGCCUCGAUGAUAAAGGUAAUCUCGUGAAGCAGAUCGUAUCUUAUCAUUCCGGCCUUGGGAGCGGGGACCUCCCAUUCCAGAAAGGCAUCUAUGGUGGUCUGGGCUGGGGUCUCGACAUUGACGUGUGUCAAAUUUACGAUUUCAUUUCUAAUAAUUACGAACCCGGCGAUGAGUUGUUCUUCUUCGGCUUCUCGCGUGGGGCUUUCACGGUGCGCUCGGUCGCCGGCCUUGUCUGCGACGUUGGAGUCCUCUCGGCAGUGUACAUGUCACGCUUUGCAGAGAUGUGGAAGGCAUACCGUGCAAAUACUAGCGGUGAGCCUUUCAGAAAUACACCGUGGUAUCUGGAUAAUAAGGAAAAGCUGGGUCUUACGGACGUCAGGGUCAAGGUGGUUGGCGUUUGGGACACCGUUGGAGCUCUGGGAAUUCCGGAAUGGCCCGUAGUGGGUUGGGCGAGAAAACUUGGUAUCCCAAUCAACAAGCAGUAUGCAUUCCACAACACGAAUGUAUCUAAAAAUCUAGAUUAUGCCUUUCAGGCCCUCGCGAUUGACGAAAAACGACUAACUUUUCCUCCUACCCUCUGGCACAAGACUGAAGACAGUCCUGCCAAAGAUCUGCAGCAGUGCUGGUUUCCCGGCGUCCAUAGCAACAUCGGCGGCCAAAGAGAUGAUUCAAAUACUCCGGUUGAAUUUGAAGAGAUUGGCAACAACACAUUUGCCUGGAUGGUUGAUAAUCUCUCCGACAUGCUCACUUUUGAAGACGCCAUGAUCCAGACUCUCGUUGAGGAGCACCGACAUGCGAUCAACGCCAUCAGAAUCACCAAUGGCUGGGGCUGCGGGCCGUUUGUCGACAACUUCUCUGGGAUAGAAGGCGCCUUCUUUCGGGUUCUAGGGAAGAAGGACCGCACACCGGGCACCUAUCCGCGGGACCCGGGCGAUGGUACUGAUGGCGCCACGAAUGAGUAUUUUCACCCUAUCGUGCGGAUCCGCACGGACAAUAUCGACUACAAGCCCGCCUCGUUGCAUGGAUUUGCCUCCGAGAGGCCUGACAGCAAUGUGGGGUGGAAGUGGGUGAAGAGGGGUGUUCAGGCAAUACCCGAGUACGUGAUGCGCCCGGAGAAGACGAUGAGUGUAGCAUAUGAGGAGCAUGGGAACGUGAAGUAUCGGGUUGAUGAAAGUUUAUCGAGGCUGCUGUGUCCGAGGAGCAUUUUGUUAGAUCUGGAUAGGGAUAAUGGGAUAACGGGAUAA